CAUAGGCCACCUCGAUCAGGCCUGUGGAGACGACGAGUCCGGUUCAGCAAUGGAAGAUAUCACAGACCGCUGCCUCUUUGCUGUAUCGCAUUGAUCAGUUCAAUGCCGACAUCUACAAUUGAAGGGGGGUUCAUAGAAAUGCAUAAUCAUCAUCCGAAAUAUUGUUAAUAGCCGCAGCUUUGACAUUCUUAUCGCAGACCUUAUAUAAGGUAGACAGUGAAUUCAUCCUUGCGAGUUCAACGGGCACUACCAAUUCCACGCCAGGAGAGUUGCAUCUGCUCUACACCCUCAGCUUCACAUUUUUAGCCUCAAGGUCUGUACCUUUUCGAUGACACCUUACCAGAUCGUCUGUUGUCUGGAUAUCUCGGCCAAGAAACUCUGCUUGCUUGGCCCCAGAACUGACGCAUUUUAUCUGCCAUGACGUCCCAUUGCUACCCUACGUCGAUACGCGGAUCAGCAGCAAAUGUAGAUACCCGGCAUCCCGGACAUCGGAUCUUUCCGUGGCAUCAUUGCCAAAAUAACUCAGGCACGGCAGACAAUUGAACCAGAAAGUACCGUACCAUAGAUAUUGGGUCAUCAUCGUUAAACGGGUCUGAAGUCAAGGUGAACGACGCCAUCAAACCCCAUCGUCGUCACCCGUUCACCUCGCCCCACUCACCGGGAAUAAUUGCCGCGUAAAAAGACCAAACACAAUUUAGACAACCCACGAAAGGCCGAUUAUCCGCUCUCAAUCUGGAGAUAAAGAAAACACCAAGAGAUUACGUCUGUAUGACGUACAUAAACCUCCGACACGGUCUACCGGGUUUGAAUCAAUGGCCCUCGUCGAUUAUUCCUCCUCAGAGUCCGACGACGAGAGCUCCGGUUCCGAUUCCCACCAUGUCAAGCGCCGUAAGGGAGUUGACGGCAUCGCGACCCACUCCUCCCGGAGUACAGAUGGAGAUACUCGCUCCGUGAGCAAAGAUGCGGACGCUUCGUCUAUGCCACCGUUGCCCGAUACCUUUCAUGAUCUGUAUGCCUCUACUGUUCGACAGAGUGUCGUUGAUGAUCCGAGUCUGCACCAUGGGAGGAAGCGCCAAGUUCCUCAUGUAGUUGGUAACUGGCCCAGUCAUGUUUACAUAGAAUGGCAUCCCUCAACAAAACAGCAUGGCUUGUUGACGAGCCUCAUGGCUGACAUCGAGAAGGAAGUGUCGAGUGAGAUCAAGCUUCAUAACUUCCUGACAAGCGACCUGGGAUCACCCCUACCCCUUCACAUCAGUCUGUCUCGGCCGCUAUCCCUUACUACAGGGAACAAAGACGAGUUCUUGGACAAGAUCACAGAAACCCUCGACAAUAGUGGCAUCGCUCCCUUUGUUGUUCGACCACAAGGGCUCGCAUGGUACAGAUCACCAGAUUCUGAUCGCACGUUUCUCAUCCUUCGUGUCGCCAGUGGUCCCAGGUCUCCUACCAACAGUAAGGAUGGAGUCAAGCCUUUGAACCCAGAGCUCACUUCACUGUUGACGAAGAGUAACACGGUUGCAACACAAUACGGACAGCCACCGCUGUACCAAGGUAAAGCCAAGGUGCCAGUGGGAGAUGCGUUCCAUAUAUCCAUUGGCUGGACAUUUCACCUACCAGCCGAUGAGAUGUCACUUAAGACACUGCGAUUGUUCAGACAACCCAAGUUUGGUGACAUUGGGAAAUGGGAGAUUAGCGUUGCUGGCAUCAAGGUCAAGAUUGGAAAUGCCGUGCAUCAUGUUGCGCUGCAGGAGACUGGCCGGGGCUCAGGACCUUCCAAGCGUUCUUCUUUUCUCAAGUCAUGACAAAGCCGGUUCCAUGUCAUCACCGAUUGCAGUUUACAAAAGUCAUACGUUAUUAUAUCAAGAGAAUCAACAGAAAACGACGUCAGAACAAACGGAGUCAUGGUUACAACAGUCUGCCGGAUCGAAUGGCCCGUGAAACGGGCGGAUUGCCUCGGGAUGUCUUGAACUUGGUUAUCAUUCUAGAAGAUUGGGGUCAUGAGGUUUCGGGUUGCUCCAGGCUACCGAGGAUCAAUUCGAGACAUGGAGCUUUACUGGCCCAAUCGAGAAAAAGCAACUAUGUGUGUGAUGCGAAUCGGGUGUCUACGGAUUCUAAGCAAGCGACGCAAAACAAGACCGGAUGUCCGGAGAAGUCGCAGUACAAUGUGACAUCGUGCAUAUUGACAUGACGUGACAUUCGGCUCUUGAAAAGGCAAGCAAGGGAGGGUCUUGAGCUGAGAAGAGGAUACACCAGCUGAACCAGGUGGAAUGUGAGAUGAGACCAUUAUUGCAAUAUGAUAUGAGUGCUAGCUCUGACACUGGACAGAAGAGGACUUGAGGGAUGAGAAUGAGACAUGUGUUGGUGCCACGUGCGGGAGUUUAAUGGCUUUUCAGCUUGUAGGGAGAGGAAAAAAUGCCAGUUGAGACUAUUUCACUAUCAUCUUUGCUAUCUGCAUUAGUGUCUUGUAGACUGCACCACUGGGGUUGGAUAGCUUCACAAGAUGCAUUGGCUUUCAGAAGCAGCUAACGCACGGACCCCUUCUCAGAUUCAUGUGAUUGAGGCUGGCAACGGCAAUGGGAAAGUCCCGGAAACGCGUGGGCUUGGUAUUCACGACCCCCAACUUCAACGGUCGUAGCUAGGCCCCCUGGAUAGAGAACCCUUGUCAGUGAGAUUGAGUAAUAAACGACGUCGAUCAUUUGAAUUGGAGGGGUAGAUUUGAUGUAAAAAGGACGAGGUUUCAUGUAAACAAAAGCCAUGACUGGUCGAUUAUCUCCAACCUGCAAAAACACUGUUCAAGGGAAGCAACAUGAGAGACAUUGUGGAGGCUAUGCUUGGACUAGGAGAAACAACAUGAUUAGAC